AUGGCUUCAACGUCUUUCAGGCUUCUUAUCUUUUGUUGUGUAGUGAACCUGGGUUAUGGUUUAAGUUCAAAUGAAUGGUUUAAAGAUGUCCCCACUGAUCUGUUUAAUUUGUCUGGAGAUGUAAUCCUUGGAGGACUAUUUCCUACUAGACUGUUGACCAGCAACCUAAGUGAAAGGACCAAGCCAGAUGAACUCACAUGUGGAAGUUUGGAUCAGACGGCACUUGGCCUUUCCCUAGUGAUGAAGUAUGCCAUAGAUGAAGUCAAUGCCAACCCAGUCCUUCUUCCUGGAGUUAGAUUAGGUUAUAGGAUCUACAACACAUGUAGACAGCCAUCAGUCAUCGUCCAGCCCACACUGUCCUUUCUGGCAAACAGAUCAACAGAGGAGUUAUCUGUGGAGUGUAACUACACAGACUAUGACCCCAGCAUCUCUGCAGUCAUCGGCCCCUAUAGUUCAGAGAUGGUCUCUGUCAUUGGAAAACUACUGGGAUUCUUUCUUAUGCCACAGGUCAGUUAUGGAGCCACAAGUGACCAGUUCAGUGACAAAACAACGUAUCCGUCGUUCUUCCGCACGGUACCCAGUGAUAAGUGGCAAGUGGAGGCAAUGGUGCAGCUGAUCCAGGAGUUUCACUGGAAUUGGGUGGCAGUGAUUGGCAGUGAGGAGGCGUACGGCCAGACGGGGGUGGAGGAGUUCUCUAAAAUGGCAGAGAAGAGCUCCCUGUGUGUAGCCUAUCAGGCCCUGAUUCCAGUCUACACUGACCCAGGACCAACCAUAGAUAACAUCAUCAGCCACAUUAAAGCUUCCAAUGUCAGUGUCAUCGUGGUUUUCGCUUUGUCAGAAUCAGCGGCUGCUUUUUUUAAGCAGGUCAUAAAGCAAAAUUUGACUGGUGUGUGGAUCGGUAGCACGGCUUGGGCUAAUAGCAGGAAACUCACUUCUAUCCCUGAAAUGAGAAACAUCGGUACACUCAUUGGAUUCACAGACAAGACUCAGGAUGUGAACUUUCUCCCUGAAUAUGCACACGCACUUUUUACCAAAAUAAGUGAAGAAAGAAUUAAACCACCAACAAACAACAACUACAACCCAAGUGAGCCCUGUCCCCAAUGCUGGAACCUCACUCUUGCAAACGUAAGCAUCCUGGAGGAUCCUACAGUUCAAAGACAGGCUUUCAGUGUCUAUACAGCUGUCUACAGUGUGGUAGAGGCACUACAUCAACUUCUUCACUGUAAUAAGACUCAGUGUGAUUGGAAACCGGGCACAACAAAGGUCUAUCCCUGGAAGCUGUUGCAGGUGUUAAAGAAUAUUUCCAUUGAUGUAAGCGGCACAAAGUUUCAAUUUGACAGUAAUGGGAAUCCAAACAUUGGAUACAAUGUGAUACAGUGGGUUUGGAACGAUUCAAAUGUACAGUUUCGAAAUGCUGGAACUUUUCGGAAAACUUUGUCCAUUAACAAACUUCUCAUCACUUGGCACACCAAGGAUUCAAUGGUGCCAGUGUCGACAUGCUCUGCAGCCUGUGAGUCUGGACAAGUGCGGCGAGUCAAAGGGUUCCACUCCUGCUGCUUCGACUGCAUUGAUUGUCUGCCCGGGACCUACCAGGCCAGCCGCGAUGACAUCCAGUGCACCAAAUGUCCGAGGGGCGAGUGGUCCAUCCUCCGCAGCACGUCCUGCACUGAGCCCACCUUCGAGGUGUUGUCGUGGGACAGGCCAGAGUCUGUGCUGAUGGUGUUGGCUGGAGUUCUGCUGCUGCUGUCCCAGAGCUCAGUGCUGCUCCUGUUCCUCAAACACAGAAGCACCCCGCUGGUGCUGGCCUCAGGAGGACCCCUGGCCUGUGUGGCACUCCUCAGCCUGAUGGGGGCAUGCUUGAGCCUGGUGCUGUUCCUCGGACAGCCCACAGACACAGUGUGUCUUCUGCAGGUGCCCCUCACCUCCAUUUGGCAAACAGUGGCUCUGUCCAUCAUCACCUCCAUCUCUCUACAGAUCUUCUUUGUGUCGGAGUUCCCUGAGCGGGCGGCCCCUCACCUGCACACUAUCCGGGGUCCAGGCAGCUGGCUCCUGGUGUUGUCCUGCUGUGUGGCUCAGGCUGGCAUCUGUGCCUGGUUUGUGCAGGAGGGCUCCUCUCUCUCAACCUACAUGAAGAACAUGGAGAUAAACUUUGUGAGUUCGUUCCUGACAUGCCCAGUGGAGCCUCUGAUAGGCUUCGCUCUGUUACAGGGCUUUAACGUGGUUCUGGCACUGGUCUCCUUCAUGUGCACCUUCAUGGCUAUGAAGCCUCUGCACCAGUAUAAUCUGUCCCGAGACAUCACCUUCUCCUGCCUCAUCUACUGUGUCCUCUGGGUCACCUUCAUCCCCAUUUACAUUGGACUGAAGGACCAGAUGAAGUCCAUAGUUCACGUCUCUUUUUCUCUCGCCAGUAACUUUGGGCUCAUGGCAUUUUAUUUUUUCCCCAAGUGCUAUCUGAUGGUGAGAAAACCUGACCUUAAUACAGAAGAGCAUUUCUGCACCAUUCUGGAGGGAGUGCCCCCAACUCCUCCUCAGGACGAGCCACAGCCCAAAACUGAGACUGAAUCUGUGCAGUAACUUUUUUAAUGUGGAAAAUGUUAAACAUGCAAUAAUAAUAUAUUUUGGGCCUCAAGGCCAAACAUAUUAUGUGAAAAGAUCCCAGGGCAUUGUAUUUCCGAGGCCCUAAAAGUGGGCUCCUUUAACUGUAAUAGAUUACUGUAGCAUCCUGAAAUGAUAAUAUUGUAUUGUAUCUGGUUUGUUGUUCUCCUUUUUACAAGCUAUCUUGGUGCAUCUUUGUGUAAAACACUCGGCUACGUAUCCAAACAAAUAAUAAUGCAAAAUAUGUAUAUAUAAAUUUACUGACCUUAAUUUAAGGAGGAAAGUCCCAUUAAGAUUCAGAAUUUUCUUUACAAAU